AUGACCUGUGAGCCAAACCCUGUAUUCAUUUCUCAAAAAUAUGUUCUUAGUCCUUGGUUAUCUGGUCUACUUAAACGACUUAUUUUUACUGAUAUUCGCACAAUUUGGAUUGCACCAUUUCAAUGGCAUGUUCUUGUUAUGUCUUGUUUUGCUUCUCUGAUUGCUCCAUUUGGUGGUUUUUUUGCUAGUGGCGUAAAAAGAGCAUUUAAUAUAAAGGAUUUUGGUCAUUCAAUUCCUGGACACGGGGGUAUCACUGAUCGCAUGGAUUGCCAAUUUCUUAUGGUUGGUACCGUGCUUCAUAGCAUUAUUAAUUCAUUAAAACCAUCUGAACAACUUGAAUUAUUAGAUAGUUUACAGCAAUAUCUAAUUGGACAAGGAUUAGUAGAAGAAGGAAAGGUUGCAUGUGUAUCUACUGUAUAA